AGUCCCCGCUGCCUCUGCCAAGUGUAACAAACUCGGAGCCCUCUCCAGACUGGCCACAGGGAGACUCCCCGGGGAGCUCACCCCGGAGGUAGGAGAUGGGACCUCUACAGAGAGAGGACAGGCUGGCCCCUGGGGGGGGCAACGUGGCCCCGAGGCUGAGUCCAGUCAGGGUCCGGCCUCAGCCCCCCAAGGAACCGGCCCUACACCCCAUGGGGUUGCCACUGCCCAAGGAGAAGGGGCUAAUUCUCUGCCUGUGGAGCAAGUUCUGCAGAUGGUUCCAGAGACGGGAGUCCUGGGCUCAGAGCCGAGAUGAGCAGAACCUGCUGCAGCAGAAGAGGAUCUGGGAGUCUCCUUUCCUUCUAGCUGCCAAAGAGAACGAUGUCCAGGCUCUGAACAAGCUGCUCAAGUUUAAGGCCUGUGAGGUGCACCAGAGAGGAGCCAUGGGGGAGACAGCACUGCACGUGGCAGCCCUCUAUGACAACCUGGAGGCCGCCAUCCUGCUGAUGGAGGCUGCCCCCGAGCUGGUCUUUGAGCCCAUGACAUCAGAACUCUAUGAAGGCCAGACCGCACUGCACAUCGCUGUCGUGAACCAGAACGUGAACCUGGUGCGAGCCCUGCUGGCGCACGGGGCCAGCGUCUCUGCCAGAGCCACGGGUGCCGCCUUCCGCCUCAGUCCCCGGAACCUCAUCUACUUCGGGGAGCACCCUUUGUCCUUUGCCGCCUGUGUGGGCAGCGAGGAGAUCGUGCGGCUGCUCAUUGAGCACGGAGCCGACAUCCGGGCUCAGGACUCCCUGGGAAACACAGUGUUGCACAUCCUCAUCCUCCAGCCCAACAAAACCUUUGCCUGCCAGAUGUACAACCUGCUGCUGUCCUACGAUGGCCGUGGAGACCACCUGCAGCCCCUGGAGGCUGUGCCCAACCACCAGGGGCUCACCCCCUUCAAGCUGGCUGGAGUGGAGGGCAACACCAUGAUGUUUCGACACCUGGUGCAGAAGCGGAAGCACAUCCAGUGGACGUACGGGCCGCUGACAUCCACCCUCUACGACCUCACGGAGAUUGACUCCUCAGGGGAUGAUCAGUCCCUGCUGGAACUCAUCGUCACCACCAAAAAGCGGGAGGCUCGCCAGAUCCUGGACCAGACGCCGGUGAAGGAGCUGGUGAGCCUCAAGUGGCGGCGGUACGGGCGGCCGUACUUCUGCGUGCUGGGGGCCAUCUACAUACUCUACAUCGUCUGCUUCACCAUGUGCUGUGUCUACCGCCCGCUCAAGGCCCGGACCACCAACCGCACCAGCCCCCGGGACAGCACUCUCCUGCAGCAGAAGCUACUUCAGGAAGCCUAUGUGACCUCCAGGGAUGACGUGCGGCUGGCGGGGGAGCUGGUGACCGUCAUCGGGGCUCUGGUCAUCCUGCUGGUAGAGAUUCCAGACAUCCUCAGGAUGGGGGUCACUCGCUUCUUUGGACAUACCAUCCUCGGGGGACCAUUUCAUGUCCUCAUCAUCACCUACGCCUUCAUGGUGCUGGUAACCAUGGUGAUGCGGCUCACCAACACCAACGGGGAGGUGGUGCCCAUGUCCCUGGCCCUGGUGCUGGGCUGGUGCAAUGUCAUGUACUUUGCCCGAGGAUUCCAGAUGCUGGGCCCCUUCACCAUCAUGAUCCAGAAGAUGAUCUUUGGAGACCUGAUGCGGUUCUGCUGGCUGAUGGCUGUGGUCAUCCUGGGCUUUGCUUCAGCCUUCUAUGUCAUCUUCCAGACCCAGGACCCCGAAGAGCUGGGCCACUUCUACGAUUACCCCAUGGCCCUGUUCAGCACCUUUGAGCUGUUCCUCACCAUCAUCGAUGGCCCUGCCAACUACGACGUGGAUCUGCCCAUCAUGUACAGUGUCACCUAUGCUGCCUUCGCCAUCAUCGCCACGCUGCUCAUGCUCAACCUCCUCAUCGCCAUGAUGGGAGACACGCACUGGCGGGUGGCCCAUGAGCGGGACGAGCUCUGGAGGGCCCAGGUCGUGGCCACCACAGUGAUGCUGGAGCGGAAGCUGCCUCGUUGCCUGUGGCCGCGCUCUGGGAUCUGCGGGCGCGAGUAUGGCCUGGGGGACCGCUGGUUCCUGCGGGUGGAAGACAGGCAGGACGUCAACCGGCAGCGGCUCCUACGCUACGCCCAGGCCUUCCACACCCUGGACUCCGAGGACUUGGACAAGGGCUCGAUGCAAAAACUACAGCUGGGCCUCCCCUCCAGGCCCCACCUGUCCUUUUCUACACCCUCGGUGUCUCGAAGUACCUCCCGCAGCAGCGCCAACUGGGAAAGGCUUCGGCAGGGGACCCUGAGGAGAGACCUGCGGGGGCUGAUCGGCAAGGGCCUGGAGGACUGGGAGGGCUGGGAAUACCAGAUCUGAGGGCGCGCUCACUUGGCCUCAGGAAGUCGCUCUCAUUUUUCUGGGAACAUCAAAACAAAACCCAAACCACACA